UCUACAAUUAUUUUUAUUUGAUGAAGCCAGCACAAAGCAAAGAUUCUCUACAUUCUACAAUCUCCGAAUCCACAAACAAUGAAAACUUCAAAUUAGGUGACCAAGUUAAAAUGAAGACUGGUGGCCGUGCUGGUGUAGUUGCUUUUGUUGGGCCAACAGAUUUCCAAGCUGGAAUUUGGAUUGGUGUGAUUUUGGAAAGACCUGAAGGAAAAAAUAAUGGAAGUGUUGAUGGGAGGGUUUAUUUCAAGUGUCAAGAUAAAUUUGGAGUUUUUUGUCGUCCUAAUAACUUGGUUAAGUUAAAUAAUCAAUCGGCAAUACAAUCUCCAUUAGCUCAAAGAUCACAACAACAUAGGCGAGUCCCAUCACCAACAAAUUCAAUUGCAAGUUCUUUCGCUCCUUCAAUUGCUGCCUCACAAGUUGGAGGAUUAAGAGAUCAUUCACCUUUUGCGCAAGAAUAUGGUGGGGAAUUUAAUAGUAUUCAAUAUUUCAAAUGUUAUCCAAAAUAUGCUGUUUUUUUUCCUGCUGAUCAAGUGAAACGGGCAACUCGUACAGAAUCUGCUCUUCCACCCAAAAUUGCCCCAAAACAAACAACAGCUUCAAAAUUAAGAUUAGAAAGACGUGGGGGAUUGGAUGGAUAUACAAAUGCUGGUGCCAGUUCUUGGCGAGGGAGCAUGGAAUCAUUGGAUAGCGCAAUAUCCCCAAGAUCGCCUAAAUCUCCUCCGCCAAAAUAUGGUGGAACUAUGAAACAAACGAGUUUUUCUAAAGAUAAUGAAGUUAUUGCUGGCUUGAAGAAAUGUUUGCAAGAAAAAGAAGCUCAUUUAACUAAAUUAUCAUAUGAAAUGGAGGAACGUCGUUGUGAUUCUGAACGUUUGGCCCAAGAAAAUAAAAGUUUAAAAUUGCGUAUUGGGGAAUUAGAUUUUAAUCUUCAAGAAUUAUCGCGUGAAAGAACGGAACUUCGAUCAUCUAUUGCUGCAAAUGAAAAGAAGCUUGAAGAUUUGUCUUUUUGUUAUACGGAAAGUGAAGUGCAAAGAGGAGAAUUGGAGCAUAAAUUAAAUGAAUUGAAAAGUAUGCCUACAUUAUUUGAAAAAGAGGAGGGAAUGUAUUUAGAUGUAGAAAAUAGUAGAGGCCCUUCAAUUUCUGCUUUAAUUGACUCUCAAUUAUUACUUCCGCUUGAUGAGUUCAGUAAAGAUGAUGAAAUAACUUUCGUUGAGGUUGACGUUCAAACUGAAAAUGAACAACAAAUUUCAAAUAAGAAUAAUCAAAAUUUUGGUACUCAAACAGAGAAUAUUUUUGAUUGUAAAGAUUUUGGAAUGCAAGUAAAUUGUGUUGAUGAUAUUUUGGAAAAGGAAGCAAAGAAUGGCAUUAUUGAAGAAGGGAUGACAAAAAUAUUCGAAGAGAUUGGAGUUCAAACAGAAGAACAACAAAUUAUUAAAGAAGAGAAAAAAUUAUUUGAAAAUAAUUUUGCUCAAACUGAAGAAAAGAAAAUGAUUAAUUCUGAAAAUCAAACGGAUGAAAAGUUGGAGAAGGACUCAGCAAAUCAAACUGAUGAGAAAUUGCUGAAAGACUCUGCCAUUCAGACUGAUAAAAAAUUAUUUCAAGAUUCAGCAUUUCAAACGGUGGAGGAAGUUUCUAAGAUUUUUAAACAAAAUUAUAUCAAUUCAAUUGCUCAAACUUUCGCAACGACAAUUUUAAAUAAGGAAGAGGGUAUUCAAACACUUCCUGUAUUACCUCCAAAAAUUCAAAGUAUCAGUUCUCAAACUGAAGAAUUUAAACAAAUACCUGCUUUUGUUCAUUUUAUCGAAUCUGCAGUUCAGACUGAUUUUAUGUUGCCUAGUCCUGAUUCAUUGGAGGCAAAUACUCUUAACAAUUCUACUUGUAAGACUAACGCAACACCUCCUCGAAAGUCUUCUUUUUCAUCAACUAACGAGGUUUUAGAAUUAAAUGUUACGCAACUUCCAUUCAACGAUAUAUUUUCAACGGCAGCAAGUUCAGAUGAACAAAAACUUUGUUCACCAAAUACUUUACAUAAAAAGCUUAAAGAAAAAUGUCAAGAUGUUGACCGUUUAGAACAACAAAAUUCCUUUUUAAAUAAAAUUAUUGCUGAUCAACAAAUGGCUAUUGAACAAAUGAAGAAAAUGUCUAUUGGAGGAAAUGGAGGAGAAUCGAAAAAUAAUAAUGGAAAUGGAAGUAAUAAUAUUGAAAGUUGUAUUGGUGGGAAUCUUAUAAGGAAUCAUACAAAUAAACAACAACAACCACAGAGAAGAUGUCGUCUUUACUGCGAAUAUUGUGAACGUUUUGAUUGUCAUCCAACAGAUGAAUGUCCAAUUCAAGAAGCAAGAAGGGAGGAAAAACUUGCUCAUAUUGUCUUUUCCCCAAAUAGAAACAAGAAAUGA